GGACAAUCAAAGCAGCCAGUGAGCCAAAGCUGAAGCAUUCCUUGCAUUCAGUAUGAGCCAUAAAAAAAACCUCAGGUACAUUUUAACAUGAGAGUCUGUGGAGACGGACUCAGUUUGGAGUCAGCCUCAAGCGGCCAUCACGGGAACUGCAGGCGCGCGCGCCUCCGCCUUAUCAUAAUGCUUCAGCCUACUUUUACCGACACAGCGGCGCAUCCUGUUGGAGUUGGAAGAUCUUUGGCUCCGUCUGCGGCCACAGCUCCCAGCAGCGGAUUGCGGUGACAGAGAGUGUGUGUCUGUGUGUGUGAGAUGGGGAUUAUUCUCAUUUCACAGCAGAGGACAGAGGACGAGGAUCCGGAAGUGCUAUCCAGCUGGAUUGCGGUGAUGACGGUGAAACCGAAAUGUCUCGCAGCGUUCGGGAAGAACACCAAUAUUUAACAUGACCUGUGACCUUUGCCUAUCACCUCCUGUGACAGAGCGACUGCAGGAAGACAGGCUGAGGCCUGCUGGUGAACCCAUGGACCGGGAGGAGGUGAAGCUCUGCUCUUCCAUGCUCAUGAGAAGAUGAUUUUCAACUGACUUUACACUUUUUGAUUUGCGGAGCUUUGAGUUGCUUUGAUUUCUACAAGCUCGGUCCCAGGUCGUAUUAAUGAUGGCGAGUGUCUGAACUGAGCUAACAUAACCAUCUGCUGACUGUGAGAUUUGGAAAAUCAGCACAUGGCUUCUGACCAGAGGAUUAUAUUAUGAGACUCUGCAGGGAAGCCGAUGCUUAGUCAACUCACACUUCACGGCUCCAGUGGACCAUUGGUGGAAAAAAUGACUGGUAUCACAAGAUCUCAAUAGACUGGAGUCAGCAAUGAUAACGUGCAAUAUGUUUAAUACAGAGGGGCAAGCAAAUCCUCUGUCAGCUGUGCUUUCCACACCUGCUUCUGGGAAACUGAUGUUCUGAUGUGCUGUAUGGAGUGCAGAGCGCGGAUACAACUGAUUCACUGAAAAACAGGAAGUCUAACGGACCGUUCUGACUGUCGGGCGAGACCAGGCAAUCUCGCACUCUAACCCAUUCGUUCUGGUUUUAACGGUCAUGGGUCUGAACCCCGGCAGGAGUGCCUGACUGAACCAGGGAAUGGUCGGCAGCUCAAUAAAACUCUGUGUUUGGUGCAUGCGAGGGGGAGGUCCAUCUUGAUCUCUGAUUCAGAACUCGAAGAAGAAAAAGUCCUCUCCCCCCCACUUACCUCUGGUGGGGGGGAGGGUGAAGAGUACUUUUGUUUUAGGGUUUAUUUUUCACACAGUAGGCUGUAGAGUUAGGCGACUCUGCUCUGUGUAACUUCAGAUCUGGUCCAAGUUCUUCUUUGUUGUGUUAAGCUUCCUCUUUGUGUUCGGCCAGUUUGAGGGAGUUGUAUCCUCGGCCCUGUGGCUUAUUUGUGUCACCACUCUUUGAGUUAGCCUUUGGCUCUGCACUAGCAGUAGCUGUGACUCAGGCAGCAUUUCAUUUGGUGCAGAAAUUUAGCAUUUAGCCUCAGUGCUGGCUUGAAUUGUACUAUCUGGAUCUAAACAACUGUGACAGCAUUUAGGCUAAAAGUGACCGUUGUCCACUGGGCAUUUCCACAGCUGUUUUUUUUAGCCCUAGGUUCUCUAGCCAUUAGCUUGAGUGCUAACUUUCAGACCUGUUAGUCAUGGAUGCUAAUCAGGGCCCAGGCCAGGGCAGUCCAGAAAGCCCUAACCGGGCCGUAGAGUAUCUUCUUGAGCUUAACAACAUCAUCGAAAGCCAGCAGAAGCUUCUAGAAACACAGCGGCGCCGAAUUGAAGAGUUGGAGGUCCAGCUGGACCGGCUCAGCCAAGAGAACAAGGACCUCCGUUUGGACCGGCAGCCUGUCGCUCCUCCCCCACCUGCUCCUCCUCCCGAGCCUCCUCUCCCUCCUCCUCCGCCACCUCCGCCGCCGGCUCAGACCACAUCGGCUUCCAUUUCCACUAAGAAUCACCAUCACCACAACAGCCAGCACCAGGCUCCGGCACAGCCUCCCUCCUCCAUCCCCCUCCACCACCAGCAUCAUCAGGUGCACCACCACUCCUCCACCCACCACUCCCACUCCUAUAACAGCACCAACAGCACUGCUCCGACUCCAAUUCCAGUUCCCUCUCCAACUUGCGCCCCAACCUCACACUCUGUACCGACCCAAAUUCCAGCUCCGAUCUCCUCUUCAGCCCCGGCUGCUCCUCCCCCACCUCCGAUUCCACCCAGGGAUCAGCCGCGAGCCCACAGCCGGCUGACCCGCGUGCCCUCCACCAGCACUGGCACCAACACCAACUUUGUGGAGAAAGAGAAGGAAAGGCUGGAGCGCCUGCACAGAGCCAAUGCUGCCAACAACCAUCACGCCCACACCCUCCACCACCACAAAUUUGUGGAGGGCGACUCUCAGUGUCCGGAGGCACUCACCUUUUCUGAUUCAUCCUUUGGCCAUCCACCUCCCUUCCAUCGCUAUAGCAACAGCCCCCUCUCCAGCCCCUGUGACCCCUACGGCUCUCCCUCCUCCAGUGGGCCCCUGGGAGCCUCCCACACACAUACACAGGGCAGCUCACCCAUCUCGCCCCCCAGCCCAGCGAGCCUCGCCUGGGCUCAGCGCAGCCGACACCAGCCGGCCAGCCUGGCGCUCCGCAAGCAAGAGGAGGAGGAGAGCAAACGCUGCAAGGCUCUAUCUGACAGCUAUGAGCUCUCUACAGACCUCCAGGACAAGAAGGUGGAGAUGCUGGAGAGGAAGUACGGGGGCCCGUUCGUGUCCCGGCGGGCGGCGAAGACGAUCCAGACGGCGUUCAGGCAGUAUCGCAUGAACAAGAACUUUGAGAGGCUUCGCAGCUCCGCCUCAGAGAGCAGGAUGACCCGCCGCAUCAUCCUGUCCAACAUGAGGAUGCAGUACUCGUUUGAUGAGCGUCAACCACAGGGUCAGGGACCACCAGGUCAGCAGGGUUCAGAGGAUGCAGGAGAUGUGGACGACUCCUUCUCUAAGCAGGUUAAGUCGUUGGCAGACUCCAUGGACGACUCCCUCACCUGCCAGUCCGGCCGUGAAGACUCGCAGGAAGCGGGAGGAGAUGGAGAGGAGGACGAUGACGAGGACGAGGAGGAGGGCGAUGAGGAGGAAGAGGAGGAGGAGGAAGAAGGGGAAGAGGACGAGGAGGAAGACGAGGAGGAAGACUACAGACAGUGCGCCUGGCGCAACACCACGACAUCUUCCCGACGUGCUGCGGGCCGGACGGGGGAGGAGGGGGGAGGGCAGGGGCAGGAGGAGGUGCCUCCAUGCACGAGGACAGCACCGCUACCUCCUUCAGUGAUGUCACCCUGUACAUGGAUGAAGGCUGCCUCCCUUCCUCGCCCCUCUCCCGUCCCGCCUCCAGCUCCGAUACAGAGUACUGGGAGGAGGGGGGGGGAAGUGCAGGGGGAGAGAAGACAGCAGGGAGACAGAGGGAGGCAGCAACACGAGCCGGAGGAGCAGCACCCCCUGCACAGAGUGUCGGGGCGAGUACAGAGGCAGGGGCGGAGGAGGGGACAUCUCCCCGUCCUGACUAUCGAACCGCCCAGCGACAGCUCAGUGGACAUGAGCGACAGGUCAGAGCGAGGGUCUAUCGGACGCCUGGUGUACGAACAGGAGCCGUCAGGAGUCGAGCGGGGAGGAAGUGGGGAGAGGGAUAGGAGGGGGGGAGAAGUCGAAGGUGAAAGCGGAGAAGAUGAGCGAGGAGGAGGAGGCGGAGGAAGCAGCGAAGCCGAAUCUCCGCAGGGAACCAUCAAACACAAACCCAAUGGUCGCUCGGUCGCUACGGCGCAGGGACAGACUCGCAGCCCCUCCAACGUCCCCCUGCCGAUGCCUUCGGCCCGCACCCUGCCCUCGCACCCGCUCCCUCACCCACUUCAGCACCCCCACCCUCACCCUUCACCCAUCCCCCACCUUCCUACCAUCCUCGACCACCACCCUCAGUACACCCAGCAUCACAUGAUGCACAUGCACCACGGACACGGCGGCAGCCCUUACAUGCAGCACGCUCACCACUUCGCCCAGCACCACUACCACCACCUGCACCAUCAACACCACCACCUCCCCCACGCUUACCCAGAACCCCCUUCUUCCCCGCUGCCAUCUCCCGUACCGCCCCUGACACCUCUGUCCCCUCUGCCGCCGCCGCUCACGCCCUCGCCGCUGUCCUCCUCCUCCUCUGCGCUCCAAAGCAUGGAGGCACAGCAGCACCACGCUCACCACCCCCACCUCCACCACCACCACCUGCUCUGCUCCGACGGAGACAACGAGAGCGUCAACUCCACCACCACCAACUCCAACGAUGACACAACGGUCAACAACUGCAGCUCCGGCUCCUCGUCCCGCGACAGCCUCCGGGAGCCAAUCGGAGGAGCUGCGCUGGGAAAGCAGACCUAUCAGAGGGAGAGCCGUCACAGCUGGGACUCGCCUGCGUUCAACAACGACGUGGUGCAGCGGCGGCAGUACCGCAUUGGACUCAACUUAUUCAACAAGAAGCCAGAGAAGGGGAUCCAGUACCUGAUCGAGAGGGGGUUUGUGUCAGACACGCCAGUGGGCAUCGCCCGGUUCAUCCUGGAGAGGAAAGGCCUGAGCAGGCAGAUGAUCGGAGAGUUUCUGGGCAGCCGGCAGCAGUUCAACAAAGACGUCCUUGACUGUGUCCUGGAUGAGAUGGAUUUCUCAGGGAUGGAUCUGGACGACGCUCUGAGGAAGUUCCAAGCUCAGAUUAAAGUUCAGGGUGAAGCCCAGCGGGUGGAGCGGCUGGUGGAGGCCUUCAGUCAGCGAUACUGCGUUUGUAACCCGGUGCUGAUCCGGCAGUUCCAGAAUCCAGACACCAUCUUUAUCCUGGCCUUUGCCAUCAUCCUCCUCAACACAGACAUGUACAGCCCCAACGUGAAGCCGGAGAGGAAGAUGAAGCUCGAGGACUUCAUCAAGAACCUGCGUGGUGUCGAUAAUGGUCAAGACAUUCCCCGGGACCUGCUGGUGGCGAUCUAUGGAAGAAUCCAGAAGUGGGAGCUUAGGACAAACGAUGACCACGUGUCCCAGGUCCAGGCGGUGGAGAGGAUGGUGGUCGGCAAGAAACCUGUGCUGUCGCUGCCUCAUCGCAGGUUGGUGUGCUGCUGUCAGCUGUUCGAGGUUCCCGAUCCAAACAGAGCUCAGAGGAGCGGCGUCCACCAGAGAGAAGUCUUCCUGUUCAAUGACCUGCUUAUGGUGACAAAGAUCUUCCAAAAGAAGAAGACUUCUGUGACGUACAGUUUCAGACAAUCGUUUCCUCUGGUCGACAUGCAGGUCCACACUUUCCAAAACACCUAUUAUCCUCACGGUAUCCGGCUGACGUCAGCGAACCCCGGAGGAGAGAGGAAGGUUCUGAUCGUCUUCAACGCCCCGAGCCAGCAGGACCGGGUGCGCUUCACCUCUGACCUCCGAGAGAGCAUCGCAGAGGUCCAGGAAAUGGAGAAGUACAGGGUGGAGUCUGAGCUCGAGAAGCAGAAAGGCGUGAUGCGUCCUGGCGUGUUGACAGGGGCAGGACCAGGAGGGAUGGGCACUCAAGGAGGCGGGGCAAACAGCGGCGGAGGAACCUUAAAGAGUGAGGUGGUGAACGGCACCCUGGGAAGGCCGAGCCUCGACGACACGUACGCAACGGUGGACGGACUCAAACGCACAGCACUCAGCUCGUCGCUCAGAGACCUCUCAGAGACAGGGAAGCGGGGUCGUAGGAACAGUGUGGGGUCACUGGACAGUACCAUCGAAGGUUCCAUUAUUAGCAGCCCCCGGCCUCACCAGCAGCGCCCUCUGCCUGAUGGAGGUCUUUCUUACAGCCCCAUGAUGGUUCCUACAUCUCCAGCAGCCUACCGGCCACACCGCCCUACUCAGAGCCCCGGUACGGGGGUGGGGGUGGGCCGGGGCUCUGUCACAACCAGGGAGGGGUCACCACCUCCCCACUCGCGAGCGGGGGAGGGGUUGGGGGCGGCGGAGGGAUGCCGGCAGGGGGCGGACCGACUGGCGGAGGCCGACUAGGGAAUUUCUUCGGCAGCCGCAGAGGCAAAGUUCCUGGUCCCCUGACGAUGACCUCACCCCCUCCACAGGGUCCCCCGAGUCCCCUGAUGAUAUCAUCACCCCCCACUACCCCGCCCCCGCGCCUCCCAUCCCCCACCCAUCCUCCCCUUCCCCAUGCCCCUCCCCAUCGCCCAACCUCGGCCAGUCGGACUCGGGAGGAGUUGGAGGGGGAGGCGGUACGGCAGGGGCACAAUCCAAGCUCCAAGCGUUGCACGCCCAGUAUUGCCACGCCAACAGUGGAGGAGGCGGAGUCAGUGUUACUGGGCACCAGCAGCAGCAGACACCACCCCCACCUUACCAUCACCAUCACCGCUACCACAUGCAGAGCGUCCCGCAGCACCACGUCCUCUCGCACAGGUUCUCUGCACCCCGACGGCAAGGCCCGUCCGGCUGCGCUCCCUCUCAUACCCAGCAGCAUCAGAGGAUGCAACAUGGCGUCAUUCCACACCCGCGCUACAACAUGGCGUCAGGCUUCACCACGCCGCCGCCGCUGUCCCCGCACUCCCCUGUCACCCCCACUACCCCGCACGCACUCUUCCACUCGCACCCCGCGGCGGGGAGGCCAGGUGGAGGGGCCAAGCUCCCGCUGACCAUCUCGCACUCGCAGCCCCACCCCCACGCUCACACACACUCUCACAACCACGCCGUGCACACACACUCCCCGCUCAGCCCGUCCCCGUCCGCCUCCCCCUCUACCCACUUCAUCUUCUCCACCCCGCCACCCCAGACUCCCUCAGCACGCCUCGUCACCCAGACGCCUCCGAAGCCAUAUACCCCCCAGUACCCACCGCUUUCGUCCAUCCCGCCUCCCCCGCCGCACUCACCCUUGCCUCCCCCGUCAACUGCCCCGCUCUCCCCGCACCCCCCGGGGGUGGGGGGAGGCCAAGGGGGCGGCCCCAAAUCCAAACCCGUCAGCCGGAUCAGCACGGUCGUGUGAGGAGGCAGAAGUCCAGGACAGUGGGGCGUCAGCCUGCAGUGAGCCGCCGGGGGGUGGUAGUGAGCAGGAGAGGGAGGAGGAGAGGUGGAGGAGGGAGAGGACAAAUGCAGCCGUAUGAAAGCGGACGCCUGGUGAGGAGGAGAGCGGUGAGAGCGGGGAAGAGGAAACUUCUCAGCCUGUGUUAUUUCCACAUCCACUUUCCCCGCAGGUAGAAAGACGCACACACCGACGGAUGUUUCUUACAGGGAGCAGAUCCUCCCAGAAAAAGCUGCUUGUGGAGUGAAAAGCACCCAGAACGUGAAUCAUGCCGUUUCAGUCACGUGAAGAUGAAGAAAAAACUCCCACAUUGUCCCGGUGUCUUGGUGAAAACGUCCUCAUCUUCCCCCCGUAGUGCUGGGAGGACAUAUUUGUAGUUCUUCAUUGACAGGGGAAGUGUUCGUGCCACAUCGUAGGAAUUUGUGUGCUGUUGUGGAAAAAAACGGUUCAGGGACCAGACGUGAAGGGAACAGUGCCUGAGAAUAUAUAUCCCAAGGAUUACGCCUGACAUAAUGUACAGAGAGCGGAGAAUGAAACAAGUCCGGGUCGCGUUUUCCAAAAACCACAGUCGUCUUACACCACCUUGUUUUCCGCACAAAAAGCACUCUCGUUUUGGUUGUUGACAUAUUUACAAGCCAUGAGGCGUUACGGACAAGCAGAGAUGGUUAGCGUUAAUAUGGUGCAGUUUCUGUGUCUUAGACAGGCAUGCAUGACCUGUGCAAUAGCUAAUAAGUGUCAGUGUGACUGUGGUUAAACUUCUAUAUGCAGGGGGAGGGAGUUGUUGUGAUUUAAAGCCCCAAUCCAGCAUUUAUUUGGCCAUAAGAAGUGAAGAAUACGGAAGACUUGACCGUCUAGGUGGACAAUAAACUUUCUAAAACCUUUAAAUAAGCCAUCAUAACAAACACUCCAGGUGUCUUUUUACCUUUGCAAAAAUAACUAAAAGCCUUUAGCGUCUGUGGAUUACAGGGUUUCAGCAGGGACUGCUACGCUGUUGUUUUGGAUUGGGACUUUAAAAAAAUUCCCAAUUAUUUCCUCAUGUAACGGGGAUUUAUUUGAUCAUUUGUGCUAAACCUGUGAAUGCUCUCCCUUGUUAUUAAGUAUAUAUGAAAGCAUAAGCCUGAAUUUGUUACAAAUUAUAAUAUACUCUGAUAAUAUUAUACUCCAGCUGUCAGCUGUACUUCAUGCUCCAUGUUGUAUGUGACCCUCUACGUUGCCACAGACGAGAUUGGGCCGAAAGCUGCUGAACAGGGAAAUGAGAGCUGCGGUACCUAAACGAAGUGAUGUAACUGUUCAGGUUAAGGUAAAUAAGGUGUAACUCUCUCUCUAACUUAUCGAUGGUCAUCUUAACAGAACUGGGUGGGAAAUUAAAGGCUUGAAUUUACUUUACGAAACCAAAAUUUUGACGCAAGACUCGUUUAAUAAUUCUGAUAAUCAAUCUUUAUCACAACGUACCAAAAGUUUAAAAUGUUUCAUUUUUGUUGGUUCCUUUUUGUUUUGGUUCACAGCAGAACGGUGAUCACUAAUGAGGCUCCACUAAAUUAUGUUAAACGUCUUCAGAUAAAGAUCCUUUAAAUCAGGAUUAGGAGACAGAGCCGUAAAGAAAAUAAAUACAAGUGAUUGUCUUUAGACAGAUAUUAUUAGAUUAGUACUUUUUUUUAUUUUAAAUUACUGACAUCCCCUAAACUCAUCACAUGCAGGUGAUCAUAAAGUUAUUGAUUUGAAAAGCAGGCAGCUAUAAACAGACUCACAGAUGUGUGAUUGUGUGUUUAACUGCAUGAGUGAGUGACUGAAGUCAUUUGUCACAACAAACCAAAGACGACAGUGAAACGAAAUUCAAUAAAACACGCCAGGUUUCAUUUGUAACAAACAAGAUUUAGACAAUCAGACUGAUUUUUUUUAACUAUCAGAACUUCUUCUUGUCCAGUUCUCUUUAUUACAACUCUGUGAAGGCACGCUUAAGGGUUAAGACUUUGUGUUAGAUUUGGCACUUAGCAUUAGAGGAUAAGACGCUUGGAAGAAUGCUUCAGUCACACCAGGGCAAAGAGACUGUGGCACUACCACUUGUGACGUUGUUGCCUUCGAAGUGGUCGUUUCAAAGAUGGGGGGCAGGUCUCAGACAACUCACGGCCAGCUGCCAUCGUCGGAGCAAUUUUGGUGCAUCGAGACAUCAAUAAAACUGCAAUAAGAUGAGUCGGUCUGCUAUCGAUCUGCUGCCAGUCUGUGACUGAAUGAAGCGUUUACAUGCAAUCUGUUUGUGAUCAGUGCAAAUCUGCUGCCAUCAACAUACACAGAAAUUCACAUGAAAUACUUACAUCCAGAGUCGAACCUCACUGAUUUGAAACAGAAAUUAAGAAAUUCCUUUACAAGUACUGACGUAGUGCUGCAGGGUGACGAUUUAACUCCAGAAUGACACAGGCGUAGGAGCUUAACCAGAAUGCAACCUCCACCAGAGAUGCAGAAUAUGUACGCGUAUCAGCACAGACUGACUCGGACUGACUGACGUGUUGAUGUCUUUGUACAAGCCUUCACCAGUCAGUCUGAGUCGGACUGCAAUUGUUUGGAGACAGGGUGUUUUCCAGUAAACUUGAUACAGCCGGCCUUUGUUUUGUAACCAGACUAGUUGCCCUCUGACUGAUUGCCGUCAGAAAUAAAGCAAGUUUAAGGCGCUUCAGCACCUACGCCUGUCUUUCAUAUGUAAUGAGUAGAAAACACUGGUAACAAGGAACAAGCUUUAUUCAAAUAAAUAAGAACCUACUCAUCCAGAUGAUCUCAGAUUCACCUCUGCACUUACUCGGGUUCUCAGCAGUAGUUAGAAACUCUCCAUUAUUUUACUAAGAUAUAAAACAAUUGAGAAAAUAUGAUAAAUGGAAAAUAAAGGUUAAUUUCCCACCCAGUCCAAACUGAGUUAGCGUGUGAAAAAACUCGGAGGGUGAAUCAACUUUAAUCCCAUUUGAUGUGUGGCAAAAUAGAGAAUAAGGUGCCUUCAGACAUAGUGAUGGUACAAUAUAAAUAAUAAUGUUCACAAAAGACCUCCAUGAAAUACAAAGACAGUUCACCAUCUAAAUCAAUAAUAUAAUGAGUUGUAUCCAUUCAAAACAACAAAUUGAAGCCAUUUACUGCAUUUUUUAAAAGUCUGGCUGAAGGACUGAGCCGCUCGUCGCCUUGUUCAUCCAACAAAGACACAAAGGAGCCUGAAACCUGGACCGAAUUUUACUCGAAGGACUCGCUAACAUCUCACAGGACUGAAGUGCAGAACACGUUUCACUGUCACACCGCACCGAGUGAAAUCUUCUUGAACAAACUCAUUUUUACACAUUUUUGCACUUUGAGUUCAAAUCUACCAUGCCAGUAUUGAAGUGUAUUUCCUUUCCUUUUUUCCUUUAAUCAAGCUCACCGGAUGUCAGGGCAGGAGGCCCGUGAUGGCUGGUAGAAAGUUCUUCCACCACUUGAACGAUUUUACCAGCCAUUUGCAUUUUUUGACAAGAAAUGAAACUUUCAGUGUUGGUUGCUAGUCAGCCUCAUAUAAAUAUUUACCAGAGUUUAACUGGUGGAUGAUGGGAAAUUCCUCUGAAUGCAAACAUUAACGACAUAUUUUUAGUCUCCCUGUGAUGACGUGAAUGCACCAACUGUAGAUAUUAACUGUACAGUGUGUUCUAUUUUCAGUGGGGCCAACAGCAUCAAUCUGUAACUGAGGUUCAGAAUUGCUUGAAUUAACAAAACGUGUGCUCUAAAAACCAAAGUUCACCUGGGUUCUUCGGGCUACUCGGGUUUCUUAGUGAGAACAGUAAAACCCUUAGUGUGCGAGGUUUGUGGGAAUACCAUCACAUAUUGGAAUCGUUUGACGGAGUUCCUCAGGGAACCAUCUUGGGUUCCCUGUUGUUUUCAGUCUGAAGAACCCCUUUGACUUUUUAGAGUGUGCUACUGAUAUUAUUAUCAAUAUUGUUGUGUGACAAGCUUCUACUAACAUACUGUACUCCUUGGACUGUUUUGUAUUUUUAGCAUUUUUAAUUUUGUUAUGUGCUUACAAUGUGAGAUUUUUUUUCUUUUCUGAUUUGGGCAUCUUAUGAAAGUAUUCAAUCCUUUUUAAUUUUAAUAUAUUUAAAAAAAACAAUAAUGAUUUUCUGUAACUAACAUACAAGUUCUUCUAAUAUUUUGAUUAUAGACUGUGAUAAUUACUUUGACUCAACCCACAGCAUGCUCAAGCAAACACACGCCCGCACACCUCUGAAUCAUCACAAAACCUCUCUUCACCCUUUUAAUGGAAACAAGCAACACCUCUGCUAUCAAACAACAUUGAAAUUAACACUUCAUGUUGAGCUGCUAAGAAUUUUUGGACCGUAGGGCCAUAGCAUGGAUCUACAAUCACCUGCAGAAAGACUUUGUCUCUUUCUAAAGGCCUUACAGUAACCACGUCGACUCCAGACUAAAGCAGCAAACACCACAGAAACAUCAAAACAAAGUUCUCGAGGAGCACUGGAUCAAACCUACCUCGUAAGGGAAUACACAGCAUUUCACUCAUCUCAGUGCAUGCCCAAGCACAUCCUCAGUAAAACUCCCAUCUUAAAGCUCUAUACCCCUCUUUUGCAUGUUUAUGAACUUCAAACCGAAUUUACUUUGUGUUACAGCGCUACCAUGUUGAGAUUUGUUACCUUCCUACAUCCACGGUUUGGUUUAAGUUUCACUUGCAGAGAACUUGACACUUGCUGCAGAUAAAUCAUCCAUCACUGGUAACAUCUAAUAAGGCUCUAAGUCAGGGGUGUCAAAUGUAAGGCCCAGGGGCCAGAAUCACCGGCCUGGUGGACUUUGUUGGGAAAAUCUGAACUUAACUGUAUUUUCCGACCAAUAAAGAACUUUCCCAUGACCAUUCACACUAUACCAGAGUAAUUACAUAAAAGAUAAACAGAGAAAUGAUUGUAAAGUUCCUGUUUUUUCACUUUCUGCUAUAGAAAUUUCAGUUGUUUGUCUGGUUUUUUUUUUACAACAGGUCCACAGUAAAAAAAAAAAAAAAGAAGAAAAAAGUAUGACAUAUAUAUAUAUAUAUAUAUAUUAAAUAUAUAUAUACAUAUAUAUUCUACUUUCUGUAAAACCAGCAUUCAUCGUAACACUUGUACUUUCAAUCAUAAAACAGCAAAUGUUAAGACACUACAGGCUGAUUACUGACUGUUCGCCCCAUGGCAUACAUGACUGGAAACAGCCUAUGAUAGUUACACUGCUGGACUGUGUCAAACUGCACCUGCUAACACGCACGUGUCAGAUUAGAUUUCUCUCGUCUUUCUAGGAAUGCUAGAUUUUGCCUGUACUGCCUUAAACCGGGUGCUUUCCAAAGUCUUUCUAAAUUGCCACUUGGUCAUCAAAACUGUGAAAACCCCUGAUUUAGUCAAUGUGGACCAAAACAGUAACCGGUGACAUAUAAACACCCUGGCUUCCUGGCGAGCUGUUGCCCACCAUGUUCCAAGUGUCUGUGGGCUAGGGUUAGACCAAAAUCUGCUUCUUCGUGUUUCAAGGCCACUUUUUAAGUUAGUUCUUGGAUUGCUUUGCUGCCAUCGGAGGCCGUCGGUGCAACACUUUUGUCAAGUCGCUGUCAAUUCUCACACGCAAAAAUCACUGUGAUUGAUUAGUUAUCUGCAGCAGGAUUCAAGUGUCUGUGAAGACAUGAACUGAAAACACCGGCUGGGAGGACACAAAUCUGUCUAAACUGCGUCGGGACUCUCCUGAAAGUAAUUUACAGUAUAUCGAGUUUAAGAACAUGCAGAAAAAAGCAGCUAUGGUCCUUUAAACGCUCAAAUUAGGUCUAUUUUUCCUGCCCGGGUCUGCUCUCCACUAUCGGUUUGCAUGUGGUAUUUAUUACAGUAUCUGCACUGAAUGAAACUGUAUUAUAACAUGAAUGUACAUAGCAGCCGUUAAAUGAAAAUAACAUUGCGAGUACUCACUUUGCUCAGUUUGUCUGUGGCUGGGUUUACAUCGGGAAUGGAAGAUCUGAUGUUUUUUAAACACCAGGAGAAACAGAUCUGGUCUGACUGCAGCAGCCAGAACAGGGAACAUUUUUCAAGAUUCAAAGCACAUCAGAUCUGCUUCAAGUACAGUUUAAAAAUGUUGGAUGAUUCUGUUCCUGUGUAAAGACAGUCUGUGUUGUGUGCAUCUAUACAAUGACGUUGGAUGGGGGGCGUGUCCAAGCUGCUGGACCGCUUUCUGGAGAGGACAUAUUUCUUGUUUAUAAUGUAGAGCAAAGAGAGACUGGAAUAGUCCUUGUAAAAUUGUACGAGUAAAGUGUCAAAUAUGUGUCAACAGAGACGACAUUAUUUUAAAAAUUACGUAUGGAAAAUUUUAGCUGUGUAUAUAAAUAUAUAUUACUUGUACUUUGUUUUUGAAAUUGCAGAGAAAUGGAAGAAGUGGAAAUAUUUAUUGCUCUAAAGAUAUAAAAAUCUGUUCAUGUGAA